UAUUCACAAUUCUUUCUCUAUUCUCUUAGUUUUAACAUGGUAUUAGAGCCAUUUUUAGUUCUUGGCCUCUAGAUUGGUUUUUUUUUUACACGCAUUCCGUUGCAUUGUUGCUCCAGAGCUUUCGUUUGGUGCAAAAAUCACUCCCAUCGCCACAUCUGUUGUCGCUCGUCGUCAUCUCCAAUGACCUUCCAGCUACUUAUCUGGCCAAUUUUUCAUGCUCAUUCGAUUAGCCCUGUCCUUUUGCUCUAACUCGGUUAGCAUUAUCAUUUUUCUAUUAUAGCUUCUUCAAAUGAUGUUACUCACCCUAUAGAGAUUGUUUUGAAUGGCUCCAACUACAAUGCUUGGGCCCAACAAAUGUCAGUUUUUUGAUUGGUCGAAAAUUAUGACGUUUUGUCUCUGGAACAAAACAAAAACCCACAAAAACUAACAAGCAUUCCACAGAGGAGUUGAUGAGGCCUUCGAUGAAUGGAAAAGUACUCACUGAACCUGGACAGUUUAUCGCCGAGUUUCAUGCUCAGGUUAGUAACAUUUGGGAUCAACUUUCUCAAGCUGACCUUGCUUUUUCUGAUGAAAAGUCGAUUAUGCUUUUCACUGAAUAUCGUGAUCGUUGUCAGUUCAUGUAUUUUAUGAUGCAUAUCCGGGAUGAAUUUGAGAAUACUCAAGCAUCUUUGUUCCAUCGAUCUCCUCUUCCUACACUUGAGGUUUCCCUUACAAAGCUAAUUUCUGAGGAAACACAACAACAAACUCUUUGGGUUCAUUCUAUUGAUAUGGUCUUGGUUACUGCUAAGUCUAGCUCAUCUACUCCGGUCCUGUUGCAACUGUUGCUUCUUCUAAACCAUGACGUUUCAGCAGCCAAUGCCACUAUUGUAAGGAAGAUGGCCACCGCAUUUCUGAUUGUCCUAAGAAGAAGGCUAAGGAUACUAGGGAUACUCUUAAUGCUAAUGCAUCUUACUCUUCCAAAACCUAUUGCUGUUGUCUCCACCAGCUCCUCGGCUUCUGAUUCCUCUUUUGCACCUUCUUUGUCGUCACUUUUUGCAGCUGACUUGAGGCAAUUGUCACCCAGGUUCUAUCCCGUGCUUCUACUGUUCUAUCAGUGUCCACAGGUAAUUCUACAUCUUGGUUUCUUGACUCUGCCUCUUGCAAUCAUAUAACCUCUGAUUCCUCUUUAAUUACCCAUAGAAGUCUUUAAAUCCUGCUCCUUUUAUUUAUAUUGUCGAUGGUUCACAUAUGUCUAUUAGUUAUUUUGGUCACAUUUCUACUCCUACUCUUUAUGUACCUGACACAUAUGUUGUGUCUAACUUAUCUCUAAAUCUCCUUUCUAUUGGUCAACUUGUUGAAAGUGGUUUUAUUUUAACAUUUUCUCACAAAAGGUGUGAUGUGAAGGAUUCGAAAAUGGGUUAGCUAGUUGAGACCGGGUGUAAAGUUGAUCACUUUUUUGAGCUUAUAUCUCUGAAUUUGCCUAGUUCUUGUUUUCCUCAAUCUCUUAGCGCUGCUAUAUCUUCCAGUGUUUGGCAUUCUCGUCUCGAUCAUACAUCUUUAUCUCAUGUUCAGUCUUUAGCUUGUAGUGGUUAAUUGGGCAAUGUUAAAUUUGAACAUUUUGAUUGUGUGUCUUGUCAACUUGGGAAACAGAAAACUUUACCUUUUAAUGAAAGUAAUUCUUUAUCUUUUGCACCUUUUGAUUUGGUUUAUUCUGAUAUUUGGGGACCUGCUCAUAUCUCUACUAAGGGCGAGUCUCGUUACUUUGUUAUUUUUAUCGAUGAUUAUUUUCGGUAUACAUGGAUUUAUCUUUUGCAUGAUCGCACUGUGUUACUUAAUGCUUUUCGCGAUUUUAAGCAGAUGAUAAAAACUCAGUUUGAUCUCACCAUUAAAGUCUUUCGGUCUGAUAAUGCCAUAGAGUAUACUUCUACCUCUUUCCUUGAAGAACUUCAAGAGGCAGGGACUUUGUCCCAUCGAUCCUGUCCAUACACCUCCCAACAGAAUGGUCGUGCAGAACGUAAGCAUCGUCACAUUCUUGACAUUGUUUGCUCUCAACUUCUCUCUGCAUCCCUCCCGAAAUUCAUUUGGGGUGAAGCUGCCCUUACCGUUGUUUACACUAUUAAUUGAGU